AUGGGUGCUCAAGGGGGGGAAAUUUGGGAAAAUCCCCUCAAAAAUAACCUGGAAAAGAAUUCCCAAUUUUUCCCCAAUUUUUCCCAAUUUUUCCCAAUUUUUCCCCAUUUUUUCCCAUUUUUUUCCCAAUUUUUUGUCAUUUUUGGCUCCGUUUUUCCUUCCCCUCGUUGCUCCCUAUGGGUGCUCAAGGGGGGGAAAUUUGGGAAAAUCUCCUUAAAAAUAACCUGGAAAAGAAUUCCCAACUUUUCCCAACUUUUCCCCAGUUUUUCCCAAUUUUUCCCAAUUUUUGCCAAUUUUUUCCCAAUUUUUUCCCAAUUUUUUGUCAUUUUUGGCUUCGUUUUUCCUUCCCCUCGUUGCUCCCUAUGGGUGCUCAAGGGGGUGAAAUUUGGGAAAAUCCCCUCAAAAAUAACCUGGAAAGAAUUCCCAACUUUUCCCCAAUUUUUCCCCAUUUUUCCCCAAAUUUUCCCAAUUUUUCCCCAUUUUUUUCCCAUUUUUUUGUCAUUUUUUGUCUCCGUUUUUCCUUCCCCUCGUUGCUCCCUAUGGGUGCUCGAGGGGGGGAAAUUUGGGAAAAUCUCCUUAAAAAUAACCAGGAAAGAAUUCCCAACUUUUCCCCAAUUUUUCCCGAAUUUUCCCAUUUUUUCCCAAUUUUUUCCAAUUUUCCCCAUUUUUUCCCCAUUUUUUUGUCACUUUUGGCUCCGUUUCUCCUUCCCCUCGUUGCUCCCUAUGGGUGCUCAAGGGGGGGAAUUUGGGAAAAUCUCCUUAAAAAUAACCUGGAAAAGAAUUCCCAACUUUUCCCCAAUUUUCCCAUUUUUUCCCAAUUUUUCCCAAUUUUUCCCAAUUUUUCCCAAUUUUCCCCAAUUUUUUUCCCCAUUUUUUUGUCACUUUUGGCUCCGUUUCUCCUUCCCCUCGUUGCUCCCUAUGGGUGCUCAAGGGGGGGAAAUUUGGGAAAAUCUCCUUAAAAAUAACCAGGAAAGAAUUCCCAACUUUUCCCCAAUUUUUCCCCAAUUUUUCCCAAUUUUUCCCAAUUUUUCCCAAUUUUUCCCAAUUUUUUUCCCCAUUUUUUUGGGCGUUUUUGGCUCCGUUUUUCCUUCCCCUCGUUGCUCCCUAUGGGUGCUCAAGGGGGGGAAAUUUGGGAAAAUCUCCUUAAAAAUAACCUGGAAAAGAAUUCCCAACUUUUCCCCAAUUUUUCCCCAAUUUUUCCCAAAUUUUCCCAAUUUUUCCCAAUUUUUUUUCCCAAUUUUUUGUCAUUUUUGGCUCCGUUUUUCCUUCCCCUCGUUGCUCCCUAUGGGUGCUCAAGGGGGGGAAAUUUGGGAAAAUCUCCUUAAAAAUAACCAGGAAAAGAAUUCCCAACUUUUCCCCAAUUUUCCCCAAUUUUUCCCAUUUUUCCAAUUUUUCCCCAAUUUUUCCCCAUUUUUUUCCCAAUUUUUUGUCAUUUUUGGCUCCGUUUUUCCUUCCCCUCGUUGCUCCCUAUGGGUGCUCAAGGGGGGGAAAUUUGGGAAAAUCUCCUUAAAAAUAACCUGGAAAAGAAUUCCCAACUUUUCCCCAAUUUUCCCCAACUUUUCCCCAAUUUUUCCCAAUUUUUCCCGAUUUUUCCCAAUUUUUUUCCCAUUUUUUUGUCAUUUUUUGGCUCCGUUUUUCCUUCCCCUCGUUGCUCCCUAUGGGUGCUCAAGGGGGGGAAAUUUGGGAAAAUCUCCUUAA